CUGGCACACAUUCCAGACGUACGUCCCAUUUAUUUUCUGAUGCCGGCCAAAGUUCCAUUAAUGCCAUAAUUCUGCCCAGAAUAUACAUUAAGAUUUACGCUAAGUACCUAUACAAUAUUUAGACAUAGUAGCAUUAUCAAUAUUUUGUAUCAUUAUUUUAGGUUAAAAAUUCAUAAAAACAGAGUUCUAUGAAAUACCUACCAAUUUCUUUUAUCAUUUCGUUUCUAACUAAUUCACAAAUUAUGAUUGGUUAAAAUAGUUACAAUAGUUACACAAAUGAAUGGCGUAUGGCGUAUUAAUCUAUUAAGAUCAGAUUCUUUGGAUGACAUCUUUGAAUAAUACCUUCCUAGUUUAAGGACCAUUCCUUUCAUUAAUUUAUCAAAAAUGCACGAUGCUUUCAAUGUUUUUUUAGCGUUAGAUAAAGUACCCUAUAAAAUAGAAUCGAUUUUCGCUUGUGGUCAAAAGUUAUUUACGGGAACCGCUUCAGGCGCCUUGUAUGUUUACGAAGUUAAUGAGCCCAUAGAGGAUGAAGAGGUGAAAGUAGACUUAAAGGAAACUAAGAAUUUUUUCAAAAAGCCCAUUGAACAAUUGGAUAUUAUUAAAGAUAUUGAAGUGUUGAUAUCGCUUUCUGAUGGAUACGUGAAUAUCUAUGAUCUGCAAACCUUUGAGUUACAAAGGCAAUUAACAAAAACACGUGGUGCAAAUAUAUUUGCUAUUGAUACCAAUGUAGAAAUUAGCGAAGAUAAUGAAGGGAUUCCAAUGAUAGCAGUUGGUGUAAGAAAAAAAUUGCUUGUUUUUACAUGGCGAGAUACAGAAUUCAUUUGUACUCAGGAACUUUCAAUUCCAGAUAGAAUUAAAACAAUGGUUUGGGUUAAUGGUGAUAAAGUUUGUCUUGGGUUAACGAAUGAAUACGUCUUGAUAGACGUUAAUUCCGGUGUGAUGACUGAGCUGUUUGCUUCACAUAAUACACCUGGAGGUGCUUCAUUUGCAUAUAUGGGAAUGUCAAUUGGUGCUAAGGCCAACAAGCCGUUAGUGACAAAAUUACCUCAAGGUGAAAUUCUUCUGGUUAAAGAUAAUAUGAGCAUUUUCACUGGACUUGAUGGAAUUACUACUCGGAAAACAGGAAUUGACUGGACAGGAACUCCAGAAGAAAUAGGAUGUUCUUAUCCGUAUCUUAUUGCGAUAUUACCGAAACAUGUGGAAGUCAGAAACAUUGUAACUCAGAAGUUGGUCCAGACUUUUGACCUUCCUCAAGCACGAUUAAUUAACCAAGGAAAAUAUUUGUAUGUUGCUAGUAUUAGUAAUGUUUGGAGAUUUAUUCCUUUGAAUUUCGAAAAACAGAUCGAUCAAUUGGUUGAACAAAAUGAAUUUGAUGAAGCUUUAAGUUUAGCUAAAAUUGAACCUACUUUGCUUAAAGAUAAGGACGCAAAAAUUCGAGAGACACGUAGACUUUACGCACAUUAUCUUUUCCAUCAGAAUAAGUUUGAUGAUGCUAUUACAAUUUUUCAAGAAUUAGACGUGGACCCUAAAGAAGUUAUUGCAUUGUAUCCCCCAUCGAUAUCAGGAGCUCUCCACAAGCCUGUACAACGUCCGAAAGUUUUAAAACCUUCAGAUGAAAUAGUUGAUGAUGAAAUUAAUAAUGAUCAAGAAGAAAAAUCUUCGGAGGAUGAGAUAGAAACCGAAAAUUUGGAAAUUCUUGAGGGGAAGCUGUUGGAAGAAGCGGUUCAAACAUUAAUAAAAUUUUUGACUGAUCGGCGUCAUAGAAUAUCUAAAAUUCUAAUUCAGCAGCCUCAUAAAACUAACGAACCAACACCGCCAGCUUCGCCUUCGCACCGAACUAAUUUAGUAAAUGGGAAUUUGAGUGGUACUUUGGAGCUUGCAGAAUUGGUGGACACCACUCUUUUAAAAUCUUAUAUGGUCAUUAAUGAUGCAUUGGUUGGUCCACUUCUUCGGGUACAUAAUUAUUGUAAUGUUGAGGAAGUAGAAGGACUGUUAUUAGAGCGCAAAAAAUACAGAGAAUUAAAAGACUUGUAUCAUGGAAAAGGCUUACAUCGCAAAUCUCUGGAACUUUUAAAAAAACUUGGACAAUCUUCAGAAGGCUUAAUGAAAGGGACCUUUCAGACCGGGUAUUAUCUUCAAAAGCUUGGACCAGAAAAUUUUGAUUUAAUUUUAGAAUUUGCAACAUGGGUGUUGCAAACCAAUCCUGAUGAAGGGAUGGAAAUAUUUAUUGGUGAUCAUCCAGAGGUUGAUAAUCUUCCGAGGAAUAAAGUAUUAGAAUAUCUUGAGGGAUUUUCAUACGAUUUAUGCAUAAAAUAUUUAGAACAUAUCAUUUAUGUACUUAAAGAUCCGACUCCAGACUUUCACAAUAAAUUGAUAUUUAAAUACCUGGCCAAUGUUCAAAAAUUAGAAUCGCAAAAAUCAGAAUCGAAUUCAGAAGAAGUAGGAGAGGAAAUCGAAGAUACAAAUAAAAGAUUAUUGAAAUUUUUGGAUGAAUCAAUGCAUUAUAAAGCAGAAAAAAUAUUAGGCCGUUUACGUUUAGAUGACUUUUAUGAAGCUCGUGCGAUUCUUCUUAGUCGUCUCGGCCAACAUGACCAGGCUUUAAAUAUUUAUGUGCACAAGUUAAAGAACGAAAAGUUGGCAGAAGAAUAUUGUGUGAAGAAUUACAUUGAAACUGACGAUCCUACGAAAAACGUAUUCAUAUCGUUACUGAAAGUAUAUCUACGACCAAGUAAUGGCGAAAAAUUAAUGUUAGAACCAGCAAUACGAUUGUUAUCGCGGCAUGGUUCAUUUGUUAGUGCUUCUGAUGCUUUGAAUAUGCUUCCUCUCACAACUAAAGUAUCGGAAUUGUAUCAAUUUGUCGAAAAAUAUAUCAGGGAGAACAAUAAGAAUAGGAAUAUGAAUAUGAUUAUUAAGAAUUUAUUGAAAGCUGAUCAACGCCAGGUUGAAGAACAAUUAAUGUUUUAUCGAUCUCGGAGAGUUAAAAUCGAUGAAGAUAAGAUGUGUCCACAAUGUACGCGUCGUAUUGGGCAAAGUGUAUUUGCCGUUUUUCCUAACGGUGUUGUUGUUCAUUACCAUUGUAAAGAAAAGUAUUCACAAUCGAAUGACACGUCAAUAUUAUAGCUUCAUUCGAGUUGAGUAUGAUCCUUAUAACUGUUAGACAAUUCAAAUCUAGCACGGGAUUACUUUCAUUUUAAUAUCAUUUUAUCAUUUUAUAAUAUUAUUUAUUUUUGUGGACUACAAUUUGAUUUCUUAACGUUGGAUUAUAUGAUCAAACCAUUUUGCAUAUCAUGAAACUCUGCAAUAUAGAAAUUUAUUUACAUUCGUUUUCGCCUUAUUUAAUUUCUUUACAAUAUCAAAUUAAUGCGUCACAAAUAAUAGAAAAAAAAUACAAAGUUCCUACAUAUCUGCUUAAAAGAUAAAACUCUAUAAAAACUCUUAAAUUU